GAUAUCGCGAUAUCAAAGUGUCCGCUGAGUCUGUCCGCUCGCUUCAGGUUGGUGUUUUUCAACAUUUUUUUAUUUUUUUAAUUUCUCCUCUUGGUGAGUGGAGCCAACGUAGUUCAGCGGAACAACCAACAUAACAGAGACCGAAGCUUUUGGUCUAGCAAAAAAUGAAAAAGUGACGUGAUCGAACUCAUCCCAGUGAAUGAGCAAAUCAUGCGAGACAAUGUAAGAGAUGGAAUCCCCUGGUGACGAUGAUAGCUUUGUGAGCAUUAGUCUGGAUGGCAAGGAGUGUGACAUCUGCCUGCAAGACACGGGUCAAGAACUCACAACCUGCGAUGUCUGCGCCAGGUUUCUUACCACUGGGCCAGUUCAGGAAGGGUUUAAUGAGCUCCCUGAGGUCAUACACACAGACACUCUAGCACAUCCUUCAUGCUUCAGGAAAUUUCACAAGCUGGCCCGACGACUGAGCCGCUCAGCCGUAAAACUUCAAAAUAACUCGCCGACUGACAGUAUCAGGAGCACACAGUGGCUGAACUUCAAUUGUAACAACCUUGGCAAUGAGCUUCUUCUUGAGAAUAUUCGUAACCGGGUGAGCAAGAGCAAUCCUGGCUCACGAAGCGGCAGUCCUCAGUUUUCCGGUGUGAGGCAGAUCGGGAAGCUAAAAGACACAGAGCGAUGCAGGAGCGAGCCUUUCUUGGAAUCGUCUGCCCAUGAGUUGCGUCGCAGCUACACCAAGUACUUGUUCGGGAAACGCGAAGGAGACAAUGGACAAAGUGUUAAAGUGCCUGAGGGUAGCCCUGGACCUAUCCAGGAUGGGCCACAAGGUCCUAUCAAAGUGCCUGCAGCAACAGUUAACCAUGAACAAAAUGAUAGAGACCUUUCUAUCAAGCAAGCCUCUUGCCAACCGGAAAGUAACCGUCCUAACUCUUGCCAAAGCAACCAUGAUCAGUAUUUGAUGAAGACAAUGUCAUGUCUGUCCAUCCAUGAUGAAAAACCUCAUAGUCUUGUAGAUCCCCAAGAGGCUGAAACCUGCAGGCAUUCCAGAACUAUUAAUGGACAUGAAGAAAAGAGGUGUAGUAGUUCAGAGGGAGAUAUUGACAGCCAUCAUUCGGUAAAGGAGGGGAACAGGAAUGGUCUUCCAUCUGAUGAGAAAGAAACCUGGAGAAAUGUCAAACAUAUUGGCAAAGAAGCCUUACCCACAUUGGAAAUGGCUGAGCUGAGAAGUCACACAGAGAUGUUACAGCAUGCAGUUAAUGAUGCCUGCUCUCAGCUAGUCCAGCAUCUCCAGGAGAAAGAUAUUCUGAGCAGUGAGGUUGCAUCGCGACACGUCACCAUCAAGAAACUGGUAGAGAGACAAAAGAGUCUCCACCACUAGAUUCUUUCCAGUAGCGAUCUACCUUCACGGUACUUUCAGGGUUCGUGACUGAGAUCAAGGAAGUGGGGACGUCGCAUCGCAAUGAAGAAACUAGUCAAGUGACAUUAGUCAGCGUACCCUCCACCACUGGACAAUUCAAGGUUUACUUGUAGAGGUUUGUAAGGAUCAACGAAAUGGGGACAUUACGUCACCGUUAGAAAUGGUAGAUCAAUAGAUAAAAGAGCCUCCACCUCUAGACUCCAUCCAGGUAACGAUCUCAAUGGCCUCUAUCAAGAUUUGUAAGGAUCAAGGAAAUGGGGCGUUGAGUCACCAUCAAGAAACUGGCAGAAAGACAGAAGAACUUCCACCACUAAACUCCUUCCCAGUAAAGAUCUCGGUGCCAUCCAUCAGGGUUUGUUAGAAUAAAGGAGAUAGGGACGCCACAUCACCAUUAAACUGGUAGAGGGAUAGAAGAACCUACACCGUUAAUCUCCUCUGUGGUAACGAUCUCAAAGCUAUUCUUCAUGAUCUGUAAGAAUAAAGGAAACGGAAACGUCACGUCACCAUCAAGAAACUGGUAAACAGAGGGAUAAUUUCACAAGAUAUUUACACAACCUUGCAUGCAAUACCCAUAUUGCAUAUAGACGCGUACACAUCUUUGAGGCCAGUCAGUAUCAAUGUGAUAGAAAUGUCACGGAUCACUGGUCAUUUUUUAAUGCCUAUUUUUUGCCUUGAAAUAAAAUAUCUAUUUUUUCUAUCCAUUACAUUUGCAACAAUAUUGUAUAAAAUGUAUGCAAAUAUAAAACUAUGCAUGCUUGAAAGUAGUCUUUAAAUUUCAUAAACAUCAAGGAACAUAUGCCAUAUAUUUUGCAUGUGAUAGUUCACAUAUUUUCUUAGAGAUAUUGAUGGGUUUAUUUUUGCAGUGUAAUUACAGGAGUUUUGUGGAAUUCAUGAAAAUAACACAAUCUUGCAAUAUUUGGGAGGUUUUUUGCAUUAUGAUGCAGGGCGGAUAAGAACACAGUACCGUAAAUGUAUUGAACACGUCAGUCGAAUGACAAAGAACAGCUGGUCUUUGUCGAGGACUUGUGAACUCUAACAGCACUUUUGUCCUAAGUUUAGGAAGCUGACGAAAAUUGCAAUUACGUUGUUUGUCCAGAGUUCACCAACUCUCGACCAAGACUUCUGGGUCGAUCUUUGUCAUGAAGGGCGUUUGACAAUACAUUUUCUAUGUUCUUGAAUCCAUUGUGCGUCGUGGAGUGAGAACUCCCUUUGAGAGGGUAUAUGCAGCAGACAUAUGCUAUUGUAUUUGGACAUAAUGGCCCGAAUUCACAAAGGUGGUUUUGAAAACCCACGGUUGAGUCCAUGGUUGAUGCAGAUUUCCUGUAUAAAUUACGCUUAAUUUACUGCGUAUACUGAAAAGUGUCCGAUGCUGAUGCACGCUUUUGUCACAGUGCGCCAAAUUGACGCCUGUUGCCGUGGUUAUCCACCUUAUUUCAUUCAUGAGUCCACUCUUCAAACAGGGGACUCAUGAAUAAAAUAGCAUAUCUCACCAUGGUAACAGGCAUCGAUUUGGCGCACUGACAAAAGCGUGCAUCAGCAUUGGAAGAUUUUUAUACAUGCGCCCGAUACGCGCAAAAUUGAGCGUAAUUUAUACACAAAAUCUGCUUAAACCAUGGAUUCAACCGUUGGUUUUCAAAACCACCUUUGUGAAUUCGGGCCAGUAUGGCAUGCUACAUGUACAUGUACAGGCAUUUCUUUAUAUUCACAUGUACUGUACAAGUUCAUUUACAAUUACAUGCAUCUUAAUGUGAAGACCAAUUGGUUGACUCUUUAAACUGGUUUUGAGGCUGAAGAGAGUAACAUUAAUUUUUUUUUACAAUUGCUGUUAAUAUUAUUUCUUCAUUUAUUUGAAUUUUCUGUGUGCUAGUCUGCAAGCUGUAAUGUCCUAUGAGUUUCAAACUUGCCAUGGCACUCCCAUCAUUUGGCAAUGUGAUCUACAUUUGCCACUCUCCACCCAGGUGUAAUAAACUGGUAGGGAGGAAUUCCUUGAAUGCCCGGGCACCUGAUCAGGAUAACUGGGCGAUUCCAAGCUAAAGCGGACAUUUUCAAAGAAUUUAUAUUGGCUCUAUUUCAAAUCUAGAUCAAAAUUCUUUAAAAAAAAACUCAAAUGGAAGUUCAUAAAUACAAAGGGGUUGAUAAUGAGCUUCAAAAAAUGUUCUGACACAUCUCUUUAUGGGACUAGACUCCACAUGUAUUUUUUUUUACUUAAUUUCAAUUUAACAGAAAACUAUUGUUUUUUUUAUAAUUAUUUUCAGUUGGAUAAUCUAAAGCCAGGUCAUCAUUUACAUCAUAUUAAAAGAAACUCUGCAAAUAUACGUUGCGGGAAAGGUUAAAAGAUAAUGCGACUGACCGUAAUGGGACUGACCAGAGUUUUUCUAUCCACAAAAGAAAAUUGAAGUCGCAGCCCAAAUUCAAAUGUCUUAUUUGACACUUCUAUAUAUGUAAGUUAAGUUUUACAGGUAUUGAAAUUGGUAAAAGUGAUUUAAUGUGAAAGAACUAUUAAAAAGAAAUCAGUCACUUUUUUUCUAUGUCCUUUUUGUGUAAUGCAACUGACCGAUUUUUGGGAUGUCAUGCCGUCCAUAAUAUACGGCAUAUAACCUUUCUGUAGAUCUACAGUAUGUAUUGUUUUGAAGCCUCAUUUGUGAAGAUAGAUUGACAGUAUAAACUUGACAGAAAGACUUAGGACUGUAAAACUAACAGCACCAAGUUUGAGAAAAGACAAGUUAAAGUGUAAUGCGACUGACUGGAAUCGCCCCUGUACUUACAUGUAAGCCAAGGUAGUAGUAUGCAGUGCUAAGAUAUAUUGUAUUAAGCACUAUAAAUGUUGCAUGUUAUUGUUAUACAUCUGUCCACACACACUCCGAUAGUUUUUUACAGAAGGGUAUAUAUUUGUACAGUAAUGGUGAUUUUCUUGCAUCGAUAUCAGAUCAGAUAUCAGAAUGCGAAGUAUUUUUCAAGUAUUGUGUCAGGUGUGCUUUUUAUAGUUAUAUUUGUUUCUGCGUAUUAUUAUUACUAUUACAUCAUGUUCAGAAUUAUUGUUUUACAUAUUACAGGGAUGCCAUGCAAUUCUCUUUUUUUUUCUCUUUCAUCAUUGUAUGAAUUUGUGUCUGUUUUCACAAGAAUUUGGAAGCUUAGUUUGGCCCCACUUUUCCACCCUUUGAAUAUCACCUAAUAUAAUCAUUUAUAGCUUCCUCUACUUAGAAUUUCUGACCAAUGAUAAUGCCUAUAAAUUGUAAUGAGGCCAUUAGGAAAAAUGUUUGAAUUGAAUUUUCUUUCAUACACUUGUAGAACAUCACAUUUUUGUUGCAUUGCAUGUAUAUGAUUUGCUUUUUUUUUUUGCAGCGCCUUGGAAGUUAAGAUAACCAGUUUGCAACUUUAACAUGCAUAUUUCACAAGAGGAACAAAAGUAAACCUUUUUUUGUGGAUUUGCACAAGGUGGUUGCAAAGCUGCAUGCCAAAUGGCCAUUGAACGGUACGUUGUUGAAUGGCACUGUGCCAUACUACAUGUACAUGUAUGUCCACAGAUGUGCAAUGGCACAAAAUAUUAUGUUUCAAAUCCAAUAGGCUUGAAUACAACAUUCUCAGUAUGUGAUGAAGAAUUGUGAAUAUUGCAUGGAUAAUGGUUAAAUUAGCCUUAAAAUGACCUAGGCUAUUGGACCUAUCUCAUUGCUAGGAGGAAGACAAACAACUUUUUUAUUCUUGCCUUUUGUUUUCUUCAGGGCUGGCAAUUUUGUGCACAUUAGCUCCCCCUUCCCCUUAACUAUUCUUAACUAUUAACUAGAUCUGUGCCAGAGAGGGCUAGGCCCGUCCCUGUCUGCCCAUCCCCAAGGUGUUUCAGGGAUUCAUAAACGUAAAUUUCAAAGAAAGAAUGCCGACAGAUUGCCACAUAUGAAUAAUUUCUGCCAGUUUGAAAAAAGAUACUUGUAUAUGUUACGACCAGUAGAUCAUGUUUGUUAUUUUUGUUAUUUUUGUUUAUUAUCGGAAUAUCGGUACUAAAUCAUGCACACUGUAACCUAUGAAAGUGUUGAAUACCUGUUUGUAAUGCUAAUUUGUAAUUAUUGGCAUCACUCUUGAGAUUAAAAUAUCUUUCCUUGCCAUUGAUUUCUAAUAUUACAAGGUUUUGAUACAUGAAAAUCUGUCCACUUUUUAUCACAAUUUCCAGUAUUUUUCGAUACAGUACUUAUCACUUUUUGUGUGCUAGAUUUUACGCUGAACAAUGUUAGACUCCAGCUUGUUUUAUAGGCCUUUGGUAUGUUAAGAUAUGCACCUAAUAAUUUCUGUGUGCUUAAUUAUGUGCUGAACAAAUGCUAUGCCAUGCUAAAGCCAGGGUAAUAAUAUGCAGCCACUGGUACAUGUAAGUAUACAGAUCAGUGUACGCUGCACUUCAAAAUGUUUGCAUUUUAAAGCACUGUUUAAAUGAUUAAUUAAUGAUAUAUGUGACCCUCCACCCUAAAGCCAACAAUAAGUCACCCAAAAUGAAAUCCAAGAUUUUUAUUGAGCUUGAAAAAACACAUUUUUAGCUUUACAAUAGUAUGUACAAAACUUGUCAAAGUUAUUGGAAUAUGUGACCUUCCACCCUAAAGCCAACAAUAAGUCACCCAAAAUGAAUUCCAAGAUGUUUAUUGAGCUUGAAAAAGCACAUUUUAGCUUCACAAAUUCAGUGAGAGCUUCAAGAAAUAAGGAGAAAACAAAGUUUGAAGCUUAGGGCUCACUCAAGCAUGAGAUGUGCACAAUUUCUGUGAAACUUCCAAGCAUCCUCCAACCUUACAACUGCAAAUUAUGUGUACAUUUGUAGAUCGUUUCCUGAAUUUACAGUGUAUAAUCUUGUUGAAAAUGUAGUCAUAGCAUUGUAGCAGAACCUAUGCAUGCUUUGAUUUUGUUUUGUUUUUGUUUAAUGUAUUUUCUUCAGACAGGAGGCAUAUUUUUUGUAUACUAUCAUGCCUGUUGAACUUCUCUCUGAAUGUUGAAUUUGUAUUUUUGUACUGUUAUUUUCAUAUAUUCAAUUAAAGUAUAAGUCAAAAUAUAAGAAUGAACUACA